AUGACUGAGUUAAGGCCUAUUGCACUAUGUAAUGUGGUAUACCGAAUUUGCUCUAAAGUGUUGGCCAAUAGAUUGAAGAAGAUUUUGGGAGAGGUUAUAUCUCCACUACAGAGUGCAUUUGUACCAGGCCGAUUGAUCUCUGACAAUACUUUAGUGGUCACUGAGGUGGCUCAUUUUCUGCAUAAGAAGAGAAGCGGGGAGGAGUAUUUCUCUCUAAAACUUGACAUUAGUAAAGCGUAUGACAGGUUGGAGUGGAAUUUUUUGAGACAGAUCCUUUUAAAGUUAGGGUUUGCAGCAGAGUGGGUGGAUCUAGUGAUGACUAGUAUUCAAACAGUCAGCUAUUCCUUCUUAGUGAAUGGAGAAGUCCGGGGUUAUGUUCGACCAUCUCGGGGUAUUAGACAAGGUGAUCCAUUGUCACCUUAUCUAUUUAUCUUAUGUGCUGAAGGGUUGUCUUCUCUGAUUGAGUUUUUUGCACAGCAGCAAUGGAUUCAAGGUAUCAAGGUUACUCCUACUGCACCGCUUUUGCAUCAUUUAUUGUUUGCAGAUGAUAGUUUUUUGUUUGGCGCUGCAACUGAAGAGGAAUGUCAGCAAUUCAGAAAUAUUUUAUAUGCCUACGAGAUAGCUUCUGGGCAGAGAGUAAAUCUACAGAAAAGCAAUGUCGCUUUUAGUAAGAAUGUUAGUAUGGACAGGCAAUUGUAUCUGGCAGAUAUCCUUGGGGUGCAAAGGGUGGAUAAACAUGAGAAAUAUCUUGGCUUGCCUACCCAUGUUGGAAGAUCAAAAACAGCUGCAUUUGCUUACUUGAAAGAGAAACUUACAAAGAAAGUCGUCAGCUGGAGAGCCAAAUUAUUAAGCGGUGCAGGUAAAGAAAUUCUAAUUAAAGCUGUUGCUCAAACUGUUCCAAUGUAUGUGAUGAACUGCUAUAUGCUCCCUUUGGGUCUCUGUGAUGAUAUGCAUCAGUUAUGUGCCGGUUUCUGGUGGGGGGAUUCAGAGGAGAAAAAUAAAAUUCACUGGAGAUCUUGGGAACGGUUAUGUGUUCCUAAGAAGGAGGGUGGUAUGGGCUUUAAGAACUUGCAUUGGUUUAAUAAGGCUAUGUUGGCUAAACAAAGUUGGCGGUUGCUACAUAAUCCAAAUUCCUUGAUAGCUAGAUUGUAUAAAGCUAUUUAUUUUCCUAAUGGUGAGUAUCUCACAGCUGGUUUAGGGGAUACACCCUCAUUUUCAUGGAGGAGCAUUGUGGAAGCUAGGCAGGUGUUAGUACAGGGCCUCAGAUGGCAGGUUGGGAAUGGUGAGCGUAUUGAGAUAUGGAAUCAUAAUUGGAUUCCAGAUGUGUACCCCAGAGGGCCGUCUUCACCUCCUCCGUAUGAUGCACCCCGUUUUGUUGAGGAGCUUAUUGACCCUAUUACUCGAAGUUGGGAUGUAAAUCUACUUGCCAGCCCCCCACCACCUGUUGAUUCUUAUAAGGCAGUGUGGAAGGCAAUAUGGGAUGCUAAAAUACCUAGCAAGGAAGUUUGGCAUAGAGCUGGUUUACAGCUGCCUACUGGGCCGGGCGACAAUUUUAUAGAUUGGAACAGUCAAUUAUGGGAACAUAAGAAACAGCAUGCAUCUGAGGCUGUGUUGCUCACUAUGGGUUGGUAUGAGGAGUUCAAAAAAGUAAAUGUGCAGCCAACGGAUAUUAGGAGACAAUUGGUGAAAUGGACAAGACCACAAGAGAAUUGGGUGAAGGUUAAUUGUGAUGGUGCAUUUCAGCCGGCAACAAGAAAGGGGGGUGCUGGAGUUGUGAUCCGAGAUGCUAAUGGUGCUUUUCAAGUUGGUGCUGCUAGACUUCUCCCUUUAGUAACGUCGCCUUUCCAUGCAGAAUUGAUGGCGUUAAAGGAAGGGAUCAAUUUGGCAGUGGCAUUACAGCAUGAGCAGGUACUGUUUGAAUCUGAUUGCUCUUUAUUGGUUCAAGCUGUGCAUUCAACUGAACCGGAUUUAUCUACAAUGAGUAUGUUGCUUGAUGAGAUCAGACUAGUGCUGCAAAAUCAUGGUGGUUAUAGAAUUAAUUAUGUAUCAAGGGAAGCAAAUACAGUAGCUCAUGGAUUUGCUUCACAUGCCUUAAGAAAUAGUGAUAGCCAAACUUGGUUUGGCAUAGCUCCCGAAUUUAUAAGGGAUGUCAUUCGAAACGAUUGUAAUCGUUAA